CCAGCGAAAGACUGUUGUGAUAGUGCGCGCAUUCAUUUUUUGACAGCUCGCUGUGUACAACUCGUCACGGAUACGAUUCGCGGCGAGAAAAAUAUGAUGUUGAGGCUCUGAGUCCGGGCUUUGGAUAGCGGAUCUGUCGGGAGCGACUGUGGGUUAGGUGUGAGUGAGUGGGUGCGCAUCGGUACUCUCUUACGUGCGCUCUUCGUGUCCUGUUACACACAUACACACGUACACAUAGAGCGGGAGUAUAGUAUCCUUCUUAUCCUUCGAGCGACACCGCCCGCCCGGCGCCAGGACAAAGGACGGUGACGUCGGUGCCAUCGCAAGCAAAAACUGCAUAAAUACGACUCCAAUAGCAUCCCGUCUCCCGUUCCCGCUCUCUCUUUUUAACGCACACUUAAUAUAGCGCACUGUGCAUCUCAUACACGCUAUAUUGUACGUACGGUGUCACUCCUCUUCCUGUGCUUUGUGCACGGUCCCUCUCUUUCUCUCCUACAACUUUUGUAUCGUCUUCUCGCUCCCGCUAAAGAGAAUUUCAUAUCAUUCCUAGUGAAUUUCAUAUCGCCUUUUUUAUACCUACCUACCUGCCUACUCAUACGAUAGAUACGCGUGGCUCGCGUGCGUGCGUGCGUACUUGCUUGCACAGCGAACGCAUUUUCUCUUUUCCUCCAUCUUGCAUCUCUUUCUCUCCUUUUCUCUCCUCCCUCUUUCCUCUCCGGUGUAUUUCCUCGCGGUCGGGACAUAGCACUCCGUUCUGCGUCUCGUACGGUGCGAAAACCAGCGUUAUAGUGAGCGCCCUCUCUCGCUCCCUCCAGCGGCUCGUCGUCUCCCGUUUCCCGUCGACUCCGUCGUCCCGGAGGAAGAAUGGAGGCGAUAGCGAAGCACGACUUCACGGCGACCGCCGAGGAUGAGCUCAGCUUUCGCAGAAGUCAGGUCCUGAAGAUUUUGAAUAUGGAAGAUGACAUGAAUUGGUACAGAGCUGAAUUGGAUUCCAGAGAAGGACUUAUACCCAGUAAUUACAUUGAGAUGAAAAGUCAUGAUUGGUACUACGGAAGGAUAACCAGAGCAGACGCUGAAAGAUUACUGAUGAACAAACAUGAAGGUGCCUUUCUGAUCAGAAUCAGUGAAAGCUCUCCUGGUGAUUUCUCCUUAUCAGUAAAAUGCUCCGAUGGUGUGCAACAUUUUAAAGUAUUAAGAGACGCACAAGGAAAGUUCUUUUUGUGGGUCGUCAAGUUCAAUAGCCUCAACGAACUUGUAGAAUAUCAUCGCACAGCGUCUGUUUCUCGCUCGCAGGAUGUUAAAUUACGCGACAUGAUACCGGAGGAAUGCCUAGUGCAAGCGCUCUACGAUUUCACACCACAGGAACCCGGCGAAUUGGAGUUCCGACGAGGCGAUGUAAUUACUGUCACAGAUCGCACAGAUCAGCAUUGGUGGCAUGGAGAGAUCGGCAAUAGACGGGGACUUUUCCCGUCUACCUACGUUACGCCAUACCACUCCUAGGCUUCACAUGGCCGGGUGCGCAGAGGUCGUUGGGAACAGCGGCCACCUUAUCCCACCACUCUCACUUAUAGGAUCCGAUUCGCGGCGGAUUUGAUAAACAAUAUUUUACAAACCUCACCUAUCGAAUGGGCUGCCAGGGUGUACUGGUGGUCCCGCCGAAAAGUUCUCUGAAACACGAUUAAAAGCGAAUUAAUUAUAUACUCCAAUGCCAAAAUCCUCCGAUAUCGAAGAAGGAUAAUCGCAUUUUAUUUAAAUGAAGGACACAAAAAGAGAAACUACAUCGAAAAUUCGAGCUCGAGGAUAAAACGACAUCAAGUUUUUUAAAACGAAUUAAGUAUUUAAAAAAAUGUCCGACGAUAUACAAAGGUUCCGAAGAUGUCUAAUGUUAUCCGAGAGUCCAAGGAUCUAAGAAUGUGUUUACGAAAUGUCUAGGGAUCUAAGGAUGCCUAAAAGAUGCCUAAGGAUCUUAGGAUUCAAGCAUUUAUAGAAUUCUAACAAUCUAUAAUGAUCCUUUAUCUAAGAGUUGUCUAAGUAUCUAUAGAUAUCCAAGGAUCUAAGGAUUCCGAGAGAGGAGUCGCGUUCGAGGAUAAUCGAAUAUGUAUAUUUUUGUUUUCCUUUUUUUUUUGUAAACCUUUUUGACGACUCUACUCUUUCUUUACUUAUUGCGUAAAGCAUGGAAGUUUGUAGCAUUAUUGUGUAAUUAUUAAUAUUAUUAUUAUUAUCUUUUAUGGUUAUUAUUAUUAUUAUGACUAUUAAUGCGUUAUGUUACAUUUUAUUGAUAACAAUAUAUUAUAUUAAUUAUAUGGUCGCGUGUGCUCUUUUACUUGCGCCCAACUAAUACUAACUCCUUCAGUUAGUAGUGUCGCGAGAUAAUGCGCUGUAUCAGUAGCAAUUUUAUCUCGCAUCACUUCUAAGGAGUGAUCGGUCUGCUUGUUAUAUGCUGGUGAGUGUGCCAUUCGGAAGACUUUUCCUAUUGUCGUACGCUUUUAGUUUUAUCAACCGACCGCAAUAAACCUUGGAAGCGGAAAUCCGCGUCUUACGAUCGAUAUCUUUGUCGUUUCGCCGGCUUUAAUAACAACGCUCGACGUUUACUCUUCACAAUUAAGAUCAAGACACUAGGAUAAAUAUUAAUUUCGGAUCUAAUAGAGAUAUUACGUAGUGCAAUUUAAAUUUGGGGAAAGACAUUGUCAAAAAUCGGCCUCGACUGAGCCUAAGCACAUUUAAAGACUUAACGAACUAAGUAUAUGAUGUAAGAAGUUUAAGUUUCCGACUGAUCAUUUUUUUAUCCCGACAAACCGUUAACAAAUUUUGUAUUUAAAUAUGCCUUUAAUUAAAUUAAUGUGCAAAUCAAGAAAAAUUGGACGAACUAUAAAGCAAAAUGGAAAAAAAAUAUUAAUAAGAAAAACCUAGUGAGAGACGGUAUAUUAUAAUGCGUAAUUGGAAUGCAUCUCAUGACCAAAUAUAAUUAGAUUUGAAAAAUAUAUGCUUAGUGGAAUUGCUCGGUGAAUUAUUUAACAUUCAUUAAUUAAUCAUUCAUUAAUGAAUAAACCGAUAAAAUACUCCGAGAAAAAAAUUCUGCUAUUGACAUACUUUUACUUUAGAGCACAUUGUAUAGCAUGAUACUUUUGGACCAAACAAUGUAUAAUAAUAAUAAUGAUAAUAAUAACGAAAUAAAUGUUUCUGCAGCCAGGCGAUCAAUGUGCGAUUCUUAUGAGUCGCGAUCUCUUUUGUAUGAUCGUUGUUUCCGUAAUAAACUUAAGCUAUAUUUUAAUAUCGACUAUAAGUGUAAGCUGAGGAGUUGCGCAAGCGAGAUACGCAUUUUACGCAUAUAAUCGCCGUACAAGUGCAUUAAAAUACAAAAGUCAUCGGUGAAAAAUAAAAACAAGACAUAUUCAUAAAUGUGAAAAUCAUAACUACUCACUAUUUCUGCAGAUUGUACGAUGUUUAAUAUACAAUGCCAGAUAGUUUCUUGCAUAGCAAUAUUAUAUUAUGAUUAUAGUGAUUAUUAUAGUAGCAUGAUGGUACAACAACAGGUAUGAGACAAUGCGCUAUUAUACAAUGCUGGUACAAUAAAUAGCAAAUUCAAAAUU